UUGGAAGGUACUGCUUUUGAUUGCCAAUCACUAUAACAAGAAAGGUAGAGAAUGAGGCCAUAAAUUUUCUUUCUAAGGGUAUAAUAGAGGUCUAAAUAACAUAUGGAGACUUCUACCUUCCUGGAGAAUGAAUGCCAAUCAAAUCCUAGGAAGAAGAAUGACGUGGGAAAACUGGACAAUUGUCAGUGAGUUUGUUCUUGUGAGCUUUUCAACCUUGUCUUCUGAGCUACAAGCUCUACUGUUUCUCCUUUUUUUAACUAUUUACCUGGUUACCCUAAUGGGUAAUGUUCUCAUCAUCCUAGUCACUACAGCUGACUCAGCUCUACAAAAUCCUAUGUACUUCUUCCUCAGGAACUUGUCCUUUCUGGAGAUAGGCUUCAACUUGGUCAUUGUGCCCAAGAUGCUGGGAACUCUGAUCAUCCAAGACACAACCAUCUCCUUCCUUGGCUGUGCCACUCAGAUGUAUUUCUUCUUCUUCUUUGGGGCUGCUGAGUGCUGCCUCCUGGCCACAAUGGCAUAUGACCGCUAUGUAGCCAUCUGUGACCCUUUGCGCUACCCAAUCAUUAUGAGCCGCAGGGCCUGUGGCCAGCUAGCAGCUGCCUCCUGGUUCUCAGGUUUUCCAGUGGCCACCGUGCAAACCACAUGGAUUUUCAGCUUCCCUUUUUGUGGCCCCAACAGAGUGAACCACUUUUUCUGUGACAGCCCCCCUGUCAUUGCACUGGUGUGUGCUGAUACCUCUCUGUUUGAACUGGAGGCUUUGACAGCGACUGUCUUAUUCAUUCUCUUCCCUUUCUUGCUAAUCCUGGGGUCCUAUGUCCGAAUCCUCUCCACUAUCUUCAGGAUGCCAUCAGCUGAGGGGAAACGCAAGGCCUUCUCCACCUGCUCCUCCCACCUCCUGGUUGUCUCCCUCUUCUACAGCACUGCCAUCCUCACAUACUUCCGACCACGAUCCAGCACCUCUCCUGAGGGCAAGAAACUGUUAUCACUGUCCUACACAGUGGUGACUCCAAUGUUGAACCCCAUCAUCUACAGCUUAAGAAAUAGUGAAGUUAAGGCUGCACUGAAGCGAGUCAUCCACAGGACCCUGGGCCCUCAGAUACUGUGA